GGUGAUAGGAUGUCUGACGCUUAUGUACAAAAUUGUCCACUGUCUUGUCAACUGUAUCUCCACUUCACCCCUCCUGCCAAGUGGUUGUCAAACACAUCAUACUUCUGAUCUGUCAUACCUUGGAUUUCAAUCCAAUUCCAACUGUUACUGAUCCUCGUUUUUACCAUGCACAAUUCCUGAAUGGAACUCUUUACCACUAACUUUGCACUGUGCAACCUCAACCCAGUCUUUUAAAAAUGGCCUAUCUAUAUAAUUUAAACAUUUCAAGGAUUAUUAGCACUAGCCACUAUUACAACUUAGACCGCAAAUCAUACUUCUGUACCUUAUAUAUCCUGCAUGGGAGAUUGAUACGGUUAUCAAUUGAGAUUUAGAUUCAGAAUGUAGUUAAGUUUGAUGUAUGACCCAGCAGUUGAUCUUGGCUCAUCUCAUGAGACGUUUAACAUCUGGUCCCACAUUAGAGGAACUUCACGGCUUAACUGACAGACGACCAAUAACGUCGCGACGUAAUUGACCAAUCAAAUCAAUAACCAGAGUAUAAUACCAUCAACUGACGUGAUACAACUCACUUUGACCCUGAAGAUGCCUACCACACAGGUCGUCGAAACGUCAGUCACUGUCAACAACAGUCCUAUUCAGGACUACGUUCACCCGGACAAUCAAACUCAACCUACUUUUUAGGAACAAUACUGUUUGACAUAGCUUACUCUUUCAUGUUUCUUUGGAAUGCAAUAUCUUCCAGAUUCAAUUUUAAAUCAUUAUUACCAAUUAUUUUAUUAAACAGCCAAGUUACAGCUUUUCUGUGGUUCAUGUGCUGUAUUUUGUUCAAAAUUCUGCUUUAAUAGCACUAUAGAAAUACAGUUAUUGCUAAUAGCAAUUUCUGUAAUCCACAUUGCUAUGGGUAAUUUGUAUGAUGAUGUUUAUGAUCCUAAUAAUGGGCAUGGUAGUUGUAUUUGCUAUAUGUAUUUCUUCAUACUUGCAUUGUACUUUACCGUUUUUUACAGGCUCUUUCAUUUUCUUUCACCUCCAAGAACUUAAAACAUGGCAGAAAACCCACAGUUUAAUGGUAUGUAUGUCUGUUAAUAUGAUGCAAUAGUUUAAAGAUUAGGUUAUCAAUUUAGCAUUAGGCCUACCAACCCACUCUUAAUGCAUUGCAAUUGUAUCCCUUUUGUUCAUGGUGGAAAACAUAUGGUGCGGAUCAUAUGUAUAGUUUUGUGGUUCUUCUUGUUCUUCUAUUUGUCUCUGAGAAUGAUAACAUUAAUUUUCAUUGACCUCACUGGAAGUUGAUUUCGUCACCCAUUUUCCAUCAAAUCAUCAGUUUUUCAGGCAAAGUUGUUGCAUCAAGAAUUGUGUUGUGUGGUAACACUACUCGCAAGCGUAGCACAACCACAACGACCGAAAUGCGCAAAUUAAAAAAAGCAGCCACAGGCUUGAGCAAAACAAAAACUAUAAAUUUGUAGCACACUUUAUGGCAGAUUUCUUUGCUGUCAUUGCACAACUAAUGUGGGCAAACUUGAUUGAAAUGGCAUUGCCAUUAUUGCUUUAAUCUCUUAGAUCAUCGCUGCAUAAAUAGUGAUGGUGUGAUUUUGAAUUUGUCAGAAAUACCCACAGAGAGGCUCAAAUGUACAAGAAUUAAUGAAUAAAGAACAGUGUGUGCAAUGCGAAUACAGGACUGUAAGUCUAUGCACGCAUGGUAAAAGGUGUAACACAUGUAGAUGUGCUUUUACAGUCAGUCUAGUGGCACUAAAGAAAUGUAAAUCAGUUGCUGUUGUCGGGUUUAAUGGAAAGAGUGCUCUAGAAGUGAUUUGUUUGAAAACACUAAGAUUUUUUUGUUUGAAAACACUAAGAUUUUCUACAUCAUCUUAAGCAUCAGUAGCCAGCGGGUACUGCUAGAGCAUCGGCUUAGAUUCUCCUUUCAAAUUACUCAUAUUUGUUUAGGAAAUGACUGGAAACUUUUUUACUGUGCUUUUUCAAUAACACGCUAAAGUCUCUCUGAAAUGUAAAACCCAGCUUACUUGCAUGCAUUUUGUUUUUCACUUCUGUAAAAUCAAUUAAUAUUACUUUAAUCACAAGCAACAAAUUUUGAAGCAUCAUCAUCAUCUACGGCUCAUCCUAAUGGAUGUCACAUCUUCGACUGCACAGCAGAAACAAAAGUUAUCAGUCUCAGAUUGUUGGCGGGGACUGGUUGUUUCACAAAGUAGGCUCUCAAGUCUUUCUUUCCUAGGAGGUAUCUUUACAAGAUAGGUAGCCCCAGCCAGUGUCCAAAGUAGAAGGAUCCUAUGCCUGGUGCCAGUUAUGGGAGCCAACACUUUGGAUUAUGACAUCAGGUGCCUCCUGAACAACAUCCAUCACCCACUCCCAUGACUUCACAUAACCCUGAUCGGGGGGCUGACUGGGUACUACACCCUGCCCACAGAUGAGCCAUAGGCUAGCGGAGGGAAGGAGUCGCCUUACUUCUCCUGUUGGUAGGGGAUACUCCUACCCCGCUACCCUGAACUUUGAAGCACAGUAACACAAAAAGGAUCAAAGUCCACCAACCGCAAGUCACAGCCCAUGACCUUUUGAACUCAUACAAAUUUCAGAAUUCCUGUGUUUUUGAAAAGUGCAGUAAAUUAUUGUGUAAACAUUUAAUUGUCUGAUAAUUGCUCUCUUACAUAAAGAUGCCAAGCCUCCACCGUAUGCACCUCCACCCUACCCUGGUCCUGGGGAUCAAGCUUCUCAGCCCCAGUACCCACCUCCUGGUCAGGGAUAUGGAUGGCAACAGCCACCACCCCCAGUUACUGAGGCUCCAGUGGGAGGAGCACCACAGGGAAAAACAGCAUACCCACCUCAGCCUGGUUACCCUGGGGCACCUGUGCCCAACCCGUAUCAGCAAGGCUACCAGGCAUAUCCUGGACAACCUGCUUAUCCAGCUCAGCCAGGAUACCAGCCGGGUUAUCAGCCUGGGUAUCAACCACCCCCAAUGACAACUCAACAUCAAUCUGUAACUGUUGUGGUAAGAAGUAAAGCUACACUCUCAUUAAGACUAGUUCAUGUACAUGUAAAGUGUAUUUAGUGAUUUCAAUAGUACUUUGAUUAUUGAUUUUGUGAACCCAAAAGGCAUGUACCAAAUUAGAUAGCAAGAAGUAUUUUUGUUCAGCAUGCACUAUUAAAAUGGUGCAGGGAUUUUAAUUCAGAUAAUUUUUGUGAGGAGGUAAAGGUGUAAUGGAUCCUAGUUGAUGUCAUUUUUGUUUUUCUUCACUACUUUUACUCUACUGUAUGUGUUUAUGUGGUAUGUGAUUUUUCAGGGUAAAUACAUAUAACACAUUCAAUAUUUGAUGGACAUUUUACUCGUAAAAUAGAGUUAACUAAUUAGAGCGUACUUCAGCCAUUGUUUCAUUAUGAUUUACUUUGCCCUGGGUGGCAAAUAUGUUGCUAUCGCACAUAAAGAACAUUGCGUGACUCAGCUCUGGUUCAUGAGCUCCUUGUUUAUCUUAGAUUACAUCAAUAACUGACCUUCAGUUGUUUCUACAAAAUUCGGUGAUAACAAUUUUUCAUUGUUAGUAGCUGUAAUCAAUACUAUGUUUUACUUAUAUCCAUCAAUGCUAGCUGUGUGCUCCUUUGUUUUGUUCACUUUGCGUGCACGCGUUGUAUUUUCCAAUAGUAGUUUACUACGCAUUAGUUUCUGAUUUUCCCUGCCACACCCGCCCUUCAAUUCAAUAAAGCUGGACUACUGGCUUGGGUGCACACCUGCUACUUUUACCUCCGCGUAGCAGGCCGGGUGGGGCCCCCACCCCACCUUAGUUUAUUCACUCCUGGGUGGGGAUGCGCUCCACUCGUUGCCUCGUCCGUUACCGUGCAGGGUGUGUCAUUCCAUUACGUAUGUUACUAGGGUGUGUCGCUGCCACCCUUAUUGCUCUACUCAGUUUUGGGUGUGUUGCUGCCACCCUUGUUUUACCCCAGGGUGCACCCAACAACCUUUAGUCCCAUUUACUGCCAAAGACUGUGUAUUUUAUCUUGGACUACAUAGUUAAGCGAUUAAGUUGUUAACACAAAUCAAUAAUUAUUGGUGAUUAAUCAUUUACUCCUUUCUUUCUGCACACAGUCUGGAGGACCCAGUGUUAUCUUGGCUCCACAGAUAGCACCACCAGACUAUUGUGGCCUGUCUUGGUUUGCCUGUUUGUUUUGUUUCUGGCCAGUAGGAAUUUGUGCCAUUGUGAAAUCUAAUGAGGUAACAAAUACUGAUUCAGGAAUUCUCAUGCAAAUUAAUCAAUGCAACGUACUGACUGCAGACUUCCAUUGCUAUUCUAUAGUCUGGAUCAAGUACAGUCACAUGAAUUUCAAUUAUAUGACUUAUUCAUUAGUGUAUUAGUACUAGAACUAAAUGCCGUCCUAUUAUUUUGGAAAAGUGGAGGAUUGGCUUGGUCUGGCAAUUCCUAUAGAUAAUUGUACACUUCGGUUCCCAUAUAGCAGUUUUCGUGGCUGCCGUAUUGUUUAUGGCAGUUACAGUGUUCUCCUUAUCAGGUGGUAACUGGUAAAAUUUACCGCUUGCAGGAACACUUAUUACCACCUGCAACCGCUUAAGGGUUUCACUAAAAUUGUACACGUUGUUUUAAAAAAAAUACUCAUAUUAUGAUCUUCUUUCUUAUAUGGGCCAUGCAUUUAUGGAAAGAGAUCAUUAUUAUUUUAAGAUGGGAUAAAAUUAUGGGAACCACACAUUUAGAAUUGUUAUCUAAAGAUUUAAACUAUCAGUUUGAAGGUAAAAAGGUAUUAACUGCCGACUUCAUUUAAUAAAAGAUCUUUAAGCCCAGUGGCUCUUUAAAAAGUAAAUAAUUUUAAAAUUUGUUGCAAGUUUUUAACCUCAGAUCAGAAGGUGCAUAACUUACAACAGUGGAUUACCUCAAAAUAGGUCUUAAAAUAACAAAAUGAUAUCGAUGUUUCAGAGAAGUUAACUAAGAUCCUACAAAUUUCUCAGUGAGGUCGGGGCCUCAUCCCUUACCCCACUUCCUUCCCAGGAAAGCAUGCCUCUGGCGUAUAUUUUUUGUCUUACUGGUCAGGAAUGGUCUCUUAUCUGCUGAGCUAAAAUUUAGGAAGAACACUGAGUUACCUCAGGCUGCAUUACCUUGCGCAUGUACACUGUAUUAUAUAAAUAUAAUAUGUAAGUACUUUCCUUGACAUAAAAUAUUAAUUUGCUAUUGAAUGUGGCAUUUUCUAGUGUUGUGUAAACUUUGCAAAAUUUCUAAGGUGUUGAAUAAGAGGCUGGGGUAUUUUAGAAACAGAGUGGGUAAAAGAGAUCCUAUUUCUCUUCAAAUGGGUAUAAUUCAUUGAAAUAAAACCUACUUUACAUGUAAAUGAGAUAAAUUAUAUGCUUUUGAAUGAGGAUAAGAAAUUUAUAAGAAAUGUCUAAAAUGUUCAUUUUUUGCUAUCUGGCAGCUGAAAUCCUUUAUUUAGUCACCAGCAAGAAGUGUAGCUUAAUAAUGAGGCAAACAGCAUUGAUUCUUUGCUUUUUUUUAUAGACUCGACAUGCCAUUAACCGUGGAGACAUGGUGACAGCCGGUCAAUUGAGUUUGGAAACCAGACGAUUGGCUAACAUGUCAAUUGGCAUUGGAAUUACUAUGAUCGUUGUCAUUCUGAUCAUCCGCUUUGCACUCAUGGCUGCUUUUAAUUAACAGAGCCCAGACAGUUUUCUUUUGGCCAUAGAUAAGACAGCUAGAGUAGUUGUCCUGAUUAUUGUCCAUUGUAGAAGUUACAAUGUAUUAUUUUGUACAUGUAGCUGAAGCAUUUCCUGCAAUGUUAGCAUAGGUUAGGCUUGUUCUGAAAACUAUUUCUCUUAACACAGGGAUUGUACAGAGUCUUGAAUUCUUAAAAAAGUCUGGAUAACAGAGUGUUUUUUCAAAGCUACAACAAUAUUUUCUUGCUUUAUAAGUAAAUUUUUUAUUGUUUUGGUCAAAUCUUAUUCAAUCUUGACCUUGUACGAUUGCAGUGCAUCAUGAAAAAAGCUUUGUUCUGCAUUUUUUAAGGGCUAUAUUGAUGACCCAUUUGAUAACCUUGAGAAAUUCUUGUUUUGGAAAAAGGUUUGGAAAAAGUCUUGAAUUUUGGAUCCAAAAAUCUGUACAAACCCUGUAAACACCCAGCCAGUUUUGACACUUUCUUUCCAGUCAGUCUAAUGUGUUUUCUAUAUUGAAAAACAUUUGUUACUAUCCUUCUCUUAUAAAGAAUAAUAAUUAUAGUGUAGGAUUUUGGUUAGUAUAUUUAGCAGUAAAUAGGUGAAAAGGAAAUAAAAUGUUUAGGUGUGUAGCAAUUUGUUCUUUAAGGGGGCAUUAUCAUACAAUGUAGCUGUCAGUGACUCCUUUUUUUUUUUUUUUGCAUGAUAAGGAAGAAAGGCUUAAAAUGGUAAAAGUAAAGCAAUAGUAGCAAAAAAAGGAGGCAGAUAAAUGAUUUCUUGGCUGCGCCACAUCACAAAGUCAAUGAAGAUUUUUAAUAGCUAUAAAUUGAGUCAAUGUCAAGCCUUAAAAUCCUGCACUUAAACACUGAAGAAUUUGAUCUGUUUUAUGGAGCCUUUUAGGCAGAGUAAAGCAAAUCAAGUAAUUAUGUGUAAAAUGUUCCCUUAAAUGUGUCAUUAAUUUAUAAACAUCGUAAGAAAUUUUCGUGUUUUGUCCCCGGGUUGUUAUCACUUAACUACUGUUCUGCCAGGCAGACAUAAUGUGUAUCAUAUAGACAAUUCUUGGUAUUCAAGUGUGCCAUUCACUGAAACAAAGAACUAGUCUACCUACUAUCUAUCUCGCAAAAGCCAGUGAACCCCCGGUGGGCAAUUACAUGUAACAAACGUAGUUCUAGUAUGAACGUUCAUAUAUUUGUAUUUCUAACAGAGCUAGAAUCACCCUUAGAAACAUCAAUACCCCUCCUCCCCCCCUUCCUCUCCUUCCUCCCAACAGGGCAAGUUAUGGGAAAUUCCU